AUCUUUCUCCUGCAGUUGGACUUGCACGCAAAAAGAAUCUGCGAGUCGUAGUACACGUUAUUUGCCACCUUCAACCUUCAUCCGAGUGCCACUUUACAACGACGAUCACCACCGCCUGAGCCACGGUCAUCUCCUUUUGCCGUUUCUCUUUCAUCAUAACCUUCCGUGACAUAACAUCUCUGGUUGCAUUUGCAGGUCAGUUUCAGACGCAGGCAAGCAAACAUCAAAAACUGCAUUUCACGGCAACAAGCCAACCAAACAUCAAAAGCUAUAAUGCAACUCAGAAAUGCAAGCACUUGCCUUCUGGCAAUCUAAAGUCCUCUAUGAAACGACUUGAAUUGCAAAUCAAGGGACCAUUUGUAGCAGAAGUUUUCUCACUACUUUUUGAGAGCCGUAAUGUGCUCCUAUAGCAUAAGCAUAAGCAGAGCUUGUGCUGAUGGAUCUUUUCUCAAGCUUGCUUUCCUACUGACUGUUAUGGCGUCAAAUUAUGAACAGUUUGUGGUGUAUCAAAGUCGAAUGGGUCAAGCUGGUCUUCUAGCUUUUUGGCAGGAGCGCUGCAGAUGCUGGACGAGUCAUCGUACUGUCAGAUUCAACUCAUCUCGGCACCAUUAUUUUGGGCUUGUCAGAAAUUUUCGAGAAACAAUUCCGACGACCCUCCUCGCUCCUUGGGAAUGCAUCGCCACAUUCAACAGAGGUCUCAGAGUUGAUAGAGAACCAUCAAUGGAUCUUAGCGGUCAGCCGCUACUGCUGACCUUAAAUCUUUCAGUGCUUCAUGGCAGCUUUCAUUGGGUUAAAGCAUGGAAUAAAAGCAUGGAGUAG